AUGAGUCAGAUUAGACUGCGUCCUUGUGAGCAGGACUGCAAUAGAACAUAGGAAAGCCGAUUGGUAAAGGGCAUUUCUGAGAUUUUGGAAUAGUUAAUAGAAUUAGCUGAGGGUUUGGAUAUUAAGGACUCUUUGUUUCAUUCUUAAAAAGUACCAAGCAUUACUUUGGAGAAUUAUAUGAGCCGAAUCGUGAGAUAUACAAAGUGCAGUGAGGAAUGCCUCGUAAUUGCUUUCAUUUACUUAAGUAGAAUUUAAGAGUUAAAUUAAGAAUUAUAAUUAAACAGGUAAAGUGCACAUAGAUUGUUAUUUAUUGCUAUUGUUUUGGCGAUCAAAUACCAGGACGAUGACAUUUUUAAGAAUGAUUACUAUGCUAAGGUUGGAGGGAUCACAAUGUGGGAAUUGAAUGAUAUGGAGGAGGUAUUCUUGGAAUUGUUGGACUAUAAAUUGUUUGUCCAACAGGAUCUUUACUACUUGAAUUUAAAAAAAAUAAAAUAGUCUUCUAGAAAAUGA